AUGAGUAUUUCAGUUCAAAAACACCCAUUUCAUUUAGUAGAUCCUAGCCCUUGGCCAAUUUUUGCCUCUCUGGCGGCUUUCUCUACCACGGUUGGCGCGGUUCUUUUCAUGCACGGUUACCAGGGAGGUAACACUCUUUUUGCUUCUGGCUUUUGCAUGGUUCUUUACUCAAUGUAUGUUUGGUGGAGAGACAUUAUCCGUGAAGCUACAUUUCAAGGGCACCAUACCAGAACGGUUCAAAUUGGUCUAAGAUACGGUAUGUUGUUAUUUAUUGUAUCCGAAAUUAUGUUUUUCGUUGCUUUUUUUUGGGCUUUUUUUCACUCAAGUUUGGCCCCAACCAUUGAAAUUGGCGCCGUCUGGCCCCCAAAAGGUAUUCCAGUAUUGAAUCCUUGGGAAAUUCCUUUUUUAAAUACGGUUAUCUUAUUGACUUCAGGGGCUUCUGUUACAUGGGCACAUCAUGCUCUUUUAGCAGGUGCAAAACAACAAGCUAUUUAUAGUUUGGUUGUAACCGUUAUUUUAGCAAUUGCUUUUACUUCUCUUCAAGUGUUUGAAUACAUUGAAGCCCCUUUUACAAUUGCAGACGGAAUUUACGGGUCAACUUUUUUUUUGGCGACAGGUUUUCACGGGUUCCACGUUUUUGUGGGGACUGUUUUUCUUGGUAUCUGUUUAAUGAGAGUUCUACAAAACCAUUUUACAAAGCACCACCAUUUUGGUUUUGAGGCAGCUGCUUGGUAUUGGCAUUUUGUCGAUGUUGUUUGGUUGUUUUUGUUUGUAGCUAUUUAUUGGUGGGGUGGUAAUUAG